AUGAAAGAAGUGGAAACAACCAUUGACGAGUACCCCGCGACGUCAGAUCCAAAUGUUGCGCCAUCCAAUGUCAGCAAUGACCCUGAAGGCUCUACACUCGAAACCCUCAAACCAUCUGCAUGGGACAACAAGCUGGCAGUCGUCGUGACAUGGUUCACAUUUCUCAUGUUUGGAUUGUCAGACGGUACGACUGGUGCUCUCCUGCCUAGCAUUCAGAAGGAUUACAACGUCUCUUACACAGUUGUGUCCCUCAUCUUCUUCUGUCAAAUUCUUGGUUAUGGCAUCCUUGGCCUCGGCUCAACGUACGUGCUCUCCAGAGUGGGCAGACUCUGGGGUGUCUUGGCCGGUGGUGCCCUCUUCAUGAUGGGCCUUGCGAUCCUCACAGCGAACACACCGCAUUUUGCUGGCAUCGUCCUUGGCUAUAUCCUACUUGGCUUUGCUGCAGGCUUCUUUGAGUCCAUCUUGAAUGCCUUCUUUGGUUCCUUUCGCGAGAGCAAUGUCAUUCUUGGCUGCCUACACGGAUUCUAUGGUCUUGGAGCUGCUGUUGCACCCAUCUCAGUAACGCAAUGGAUCGCAGCUGGGUUGCCUUGGUAUCGUUGGUAUGCCGUCUUGCUCGGUCUUGCUGGCUUCAUGACGACAAUGAUUGCCAUUGCAUUCAGGAAGCACUCAAUAGCAUACUGUGCUGCCGAAGACGCGCUGGCCUCCAAACGCCACACAGAUCUCACCGCCGAGGAUACGCCGCGUCGACAAAAGACACCAGUCAUGGCAGCCCUAACAAAUAAGUUCUGUCUUGUUGGCGCCUUCUACAUGUUCUGCUAUCUUGCCAUGGAAAUAUCGACAGGCGGCUUUGUGCUCACUUUCUUGACGAACGUCCGCGGUGCGUCUGAACCUGUUGCAGGCUACGCCAACACUGGAUUUUGGCUGGGUUUGACACUUGGUCGAUUUCUACUGACUCCGGCCGCCAACAUAGUUGGAGCCUGGCUUGGUUGCCAACUCUUCACUGCGAUGAGCCUUUUCUGCAUAUUGGGAUUUUGGCUUGCGCCGACCUAUGUUGGCUCAAGUAUUGGCAUUGCCCUGACGGGUUUCUUCCUUGGCCCAACAUUCCCCCUCAUCAUACAGCUUGCUACAGACUACCUCCCACCUCGCCUUCACGUCGCUGGAAUUGGACUCAUUGCCUCCAUAGGGUCCAUGGGUGGUGCAAUCUUUCCACUUGUCGUUGGCGUCAUUGCCACCUCGCGUGGACCAAAAGCCAUUCCACCCAUUCUCGUGGCGCUGCUUGUUGCACUCUUGGCUGUAUGGAUGAUGCUACCGGGCCCGAAGCUAGUACAAUUGACGGAGCUGACGAAGAGAGCCCUCAGGAAACACAGCGGCUGA